GCAGCUCAUCGGCCGCGCUCCCGUCUCCGCCCGCCGCUGCCGCAGCCCCCGGCCCGCUCCGGCUCUGUCUCUCUUCGCCUGUGCCCUCUGGUCCCAGCGCUGCGCUGCGCUUUCCCCGCCGGCCGCCCCCGCAGCCUAUGGCCCUGGAAGGCGCCGCUGCCGCCGCCUGUAUUUCUGCUGUAGGUUCCCACAUCCCUCUUUAAAAAUUCCGCCUAAAAAGAGAAGACGAUUUACCAAAUCUUUCGGGCCGUUAUCUCACGGCAAAAUCUCUGAUCAAGUUUACAACUAUCCAGAAGGCUUAGGAGAAGUGCUUUAUAGAGAGCAGUUCGACUUCAACGCUGAGCCACCUUGGGAACCUAGCUGAUGAUAGUAGGGUUCCAUCUCCUAACUUGUCCAUUUUGUUGCAUAAUUUAAGGACCCGGAUAUAAGGCUUGGAAGCCCAUCCCUUGUGUUUCUUGGUUUAUGACUGUCGGCUUUGUGGAAUACGGCUGAGAUGAAAGGAUUUCUUGAGGAUGCAAAUUAUUCCAUUGGUCUGUUGGAUGAAGGAGCAACUCUUGCAGAUGUUAUUGACAACUGUAUUUAUGAACAUACUCAUACUGGAAAAAAGGCAUUUUAUGUUGGUGAUCUUGGAAAGCUUGUAAGGAAUAACAUGCAAUGGCAGAGCGUGAUGGCACCAAUAAAGCCAUUUUAUCCUGUAAAAUGCAAUUCUACUCCAGGUGUACUCGAAAUUCUGGGAACCCUUGGUGUUGGUUUUGCAUGUUCCAGUAAAGCUGAAAUGGCUUUGGUACAAGACCUGGGCAUUUCUCCUGAAAACAUCAUAUACACAAAUCCUUGCAAGCAAGCCUCUCAGAUCAAGUAUGCAGCGAAAGCUGGGAUAAACAUCAUGACUUGUGACAAUGAUAUUGAGCUGAAGAAAAUUUCACGUAACCAUCCAAAUGCCAAGCUCUUACUGCACAUUGCCACAGAAGACAUUACUGCUGGUGAGGAGAUGAAUAUGAAGUUUGGCACCACCCUGAAGAACUGUAGGCACCUUAUGGAAUGUGCUAAGGAGCUGGGAGUCCAAAUAGUUGGUGUCAAAUUUCAUGUUUCAGGCUCUUGCCAGGAUCUGCAAACAUACAUUCAUGCUCUAUCUGAUGCUCGGUGUGUGUUUGACAUGGCUGAAGAAUUUGGCUUUAAGAUGAACAUGUUGGAUAUUGGUGGGGGCUUCACAGGUUCAGAACUUCAGCUGGAAGAGGUUAAUCAUGUCAUCAGGCCAUUGCUGGAUGUCUACUUUCCUAAGGAAUCUGGUGUUAAUGUGAUUGCAGAGCCUGGAUGUUACUAUGUUUCAUCUGCAUUUACACUGGCAGUGAACGUCAUUGCAAAGAAGACUGUUGAGUAUGAUAAACUUCUUCCUUCUGGAGUGGAGCAAACCAGGAAUGAUGAUGAACCAGUAUUUACAUAUUACAUAAAUGAUGGUGUUUAUGGUUCUUUUGCAAGUAAAUUGUCUGAGAAACUGAAUACUAUCCCAGAGGUUCACAAGAAAUACAAGGAAGAUGAGCCUCUGUUUGCAAGCAGCCUUUGGGGUCCAUCCUGUGAUGAGCUUGAUCAAAUUGUGGAAAACUGUCUUCUUCCCGAGUUGAGCGUUGGAGAUUGGCUGAUCUUUGACAAUAUGGGUUCUGGUACCUUAGGUGAACAGUCUACCUUUAACGACUAUCAGAGGCCACUGAUUUACUACAUGAUGUCUUUCAGUGACUGGGAUGAGAUGCAAGAUGCUGGAAUUGCUUCAGACACAUUGAUGAAGAACUUCUUCUUUGUGCCUUCGUGCAUUCAGCUGAGCCCGGAAGAACGCUUUUCCACUGCAGCUUAAACAGGCAUUAACGCUUCAUUUAGACCUGCAGUUGCAAGUCUGUAGUUUGUCUGGUCAACAUUCCAAUGUGGAAGAAAUGGAACAAUCUUGAAUUCAAUUCAUUCUCUUCAAAACUUGAAAAAAUAGUAAUAGUAAUGGGGACCAGGCAAAACAAGCUACAGCUACAAUUCAGUGGGGUGGGUGGGAGGGUUAAAUAAUGGUGUCCAAAUUUAAAAUCAAGUUCAUUCAACCCCUGAGCGUUAAAUAUGCAACAAAAUGGAUGACUUAGUGGAGAUGGAAACCCAUCACUUGGGUUCUUCAACAGUUUACAUACAAGUACACAGUUUUUAUACUAAGGAUUCCUGUUAGAAAAGUCUUGUAAAGUUAUUGUCUUUCGCCCAGAUAUAUCAAAUGUCAGUGGGAGACCAGUGUGACUUCAUUAGAUGUUGUAGUGUAUUUAGAAUGUGUAAAUUUGUGCUUUGAACUGUAGUUUAAUAAAUGUAAAAUUGCAUCAUAGUAUUUGUUGUAUUUGACCCAUGAUGUAUCCCUUGUAUGAUUGCAAUAAAACUUUGUGUAGAUUUUA